AAAUAUUCGGAAGUUUACACGCAGAGCGGAGAGCCUCAUUUCCGUUGCCCUUAUAGCAUCAAACUAUGUUUCUUGCUAGAGAUUGAUGUCAUGUAAUCUAAUCAUUUCGAAUUUAUCGUAGCAAAACUCUAAGGAAUUGGAUUCGUUAUUAUUUUAAAAGUGAUCGUUUUAUCUAUUUCGUUACGUCUGUUAAAAAGGAUUGGUUUUCAAUGUUUGCUUUCCAAUCGCAUAAUCAGGUGUUGUAUCAUCUGACACAGUUAACUUCAGCAGUAAAUCCGAAAUCUACAGCAUUCCCAGUCAAAGUUAAGAGACAAAAUGAAUUCAAAACAACAACAGAGGACGCAGCUUGUAAUAGUUUAGCAGAAGCAACAAAAAGUUAUAUGGAAUUACUGAUAAAUAAAUUGAGUACAUACAAUGUAAUUACGCCGCUUGAUAUAAAAAAGAAUAAUGUUUGGGUAAUAUUAGAUCAACUUUCUGCGAGAAUUUUUAAAAGAAACAUAGGAGUAAAUAAUAAAUGGAAAGUUUCUUACAUAUCGGGAGCAAAUUUUACAGAAAACAAACAAAGAUUUCCUUGUGCACAACUCACAGAACCGAUCAUUUUACCUGUUAUAUAUUUAUCAUCGAAACAGUAUCACAGAACAUUAUGUUCUCUUUGUGUUAAAAACCCUUUCAAUUAUCAUGUACAAAUCCGUAGUUUUAAAACAAAGCGUAACGUAAGCGUAGAAUUGGAAAGACAACCAUCGAUUAUAAGCAGGUUCAAAAAAUGGAUUACUCAUUCUUUAGAAACAAAUACGCAUGGUUUGAAAGAAUCGGAUCUCGAAAGAAUGAAACAUAUAUUGAGUAGUACUGAAGUGUCCCCCGAAGAACAUAACAAAAUCAAAUCAGCUUUUAUCGAAGGAUACGAAGCAGGACUUCAACGUCGUGUACGCGUACGUUCUGUAUGGCAAAGAACAGUACUUAAUUUAAUAUUUGGGAUUUUCUUUGCGCUAGCAAUUUUGUAUGCGGGUUACAAACCAGGAAGUAUAUUUCAGUAUCCCAUGGGUCAAAAAUCUGAGAUUAAUCCAGAAACAAUUCAAGUAACUUUCAAUGAUGUUAAAGGAGUUGAAGAAGCUAAGCAAGAGUUGAAAGAUGUAGUUGAAUUUUUGAAAAGCCCUGAAAAAUUCUCCGCGCUUGGCGGAAAAUUACCUAAAGGUGUAUUAUUAGUGGGUCCACCAGGGACGGGAAAAACAUUAUUAGCGCGUGCAGUAGCUGGUGAAGCUGGUGUACCAUUUUUUCAUGCAGCUGGACCAGAAUUUGACGAGCUUCUAGUAGGACAAGGUGCACGUAGAGUGAGAGAUUUAUUUAAGGCAGCAAAGGAAAGAGCACCCGCUGUAAUAUUUAUAGAUGAAAUUGAUUCUGUCGGCGGAAGACGAACAAAUUCAGUUCUUCACCCAUACGCGAAUCAAACUAUAAAUCAAUUGCUUUCAGAGAUGGAUGGAUUUCUUCAAAACGAAGGUGUCAUAGUACUAGGCGCAACAAAUAGACGCGAUGAUCUGGACAAAGCAUUGAUGCGACCUGGUCGUUUCGAUGUAGAAAUUUAUGUAACUAUACCAGAUUUUAUUGGACGGAAAGAAAUUUUAGAUUUGUACUUAUCAAGAAUAUUAACGCGAGAUGUUGAUAUAGACUAUUUAGCCCGAUGCACUGUUGGAUUUACAGGCGCUGAUAUAGAGAAUAUGGUAAAUCAAGCAGCUUUACGAGCAGCAAUAAAUGAUGCAGAUUAUGUAACCAUGAAACAUUUGGAAUAUGCUAGAGAUAAAGUAGUACUGGGUCCAGAAGGAAAGAGGAGGAUGUUAGACGAGGAAGCCAAUCGUAUUACAGCGUUUCAUGAAGCAGGACAUGCGUUAGUUGCAUAUUACACUAAAGAUGCUGUGCCAAUACAUAAAGUUACUAUCAUACCCCGUGGAGCUUCUUUAGGACAUACAUCAUUUUUACGAGACAAAGAUGUAUUUCAUAUAACAAAGUCACAGUUAUUAGCUAAUAUGGAUUCGAUGAUGGGUGGCCGUGCCGCGGAAGAAUUAGUUUUUGGAACUGAUAAAGUAACAACAGGAGCGUCAAAUGAUUUUGAACAAGCAACUUCUAUUGCUGAGCAUAUGGUCAAAAGUUAUGGCAUGUCAGAAAAAGUUGGUUUUAGAGCGUAUUCAGAUUCUAAAAAACUAGAAUCGUAUGGAACUAGCGAAUACGGCCCUAGUACAAAUGAACUCAUCGACAGCGAAGUGAAACGUCUUCUACAAGAAUCGUAUGAACGCGCGAAGACAAUAUUAAAGGUACACGCAAAAGAACAUAAACAAUUAGCAGACGCGUUACUUAAAUACGAAACAUUAGACGCUGAAGAUAUAAAAAAUAUAGUGAACGGAAAGACAACUCGAAUUGAAACUAUCAAUAAUCAGCCACCAAUUAUAGAUCCAUCUUCUCAUGUAUUAUAAUUAGGAUAUCGAAAUUCAAUUUUAAAUAGAGAUUAAAAUAAAUUAUUUGGUAUAUUAUCACAUUUUAUGAUAAUACUUUAUACUUCUUUAUUGUAUUACUUACGUUUUACAAUUUGAAAUACACGCAGAAUUAUUAAAUUUUGAUCAAAAUGUAAUGGAACUUUUCGAUUUAUGUCUUUAAGGUAUGUAAGUUCAAUCGUUUUAUUUAAUUACUUAUAUCAUUAAUAUAUAUUGUGCUUCCUGUAAAAAUUCAUGUAAAUUUAAUUUUGAUACAACUAUCUUCUUUUUUGCUGAGAUUCAAUAGACUCGGAACUGCAUAGAAUUGCACUAUGGUUGAUGUGGUUGGAUUAUUUAUCUUAGCUAAAUCUAUCGUAUCUAACAUAUUUUGAUUGCCAUUACCAAUUCGAGUUUGUUAGUUUUAUUCCGAAUUCGAGAAUAUUAGAAUACGUUUUGUUCGAGGAUAUUCGCAAAACAAAAAUUUGAAACUUAUUUUCUUUAGAUAAAUAGUUUGUAUAAAGUGGACUGCGUUCAUAAGAUGUAACAUAAUUUUACAAAUUUGAGAAACCGAUGUACAAUAAAUAAACUUAAAACAAAACAAGUGGGUGCGUGUAAUGCCGCGCGUUACAAGUGUAAUUUCUUGGACACAAUGGUGAAAUUUUAUUAAUUUUUCCCAGAUAUUUGGAAGAUGAUGCAAGGGACUCGCGCAUCAUCUUUAAAAUAUCUUUUAGUAAUUCAAAGUUGGAUAAUUAACUUAUAAAGGAUCAAAAGGGAGUUACUUUCUCAUAUUCCUUUGCAACACUUUUUUUUUUUCUAAAAAAGAACUUUUAUUUACAAAGCAAAUUAAAUUGCCAGUGACACUAGCACAUGCAAUAGGAAUACCGCUUUCCUAUUGCUUAACAUAGUCCACCUGACAUUCGACCAUACAAAAUGGGUAGAGGAAUUUUUUUUAACGAAGCAAAUGGAUCUUGAAGAAUCCAAAAAAACGAUCCUUCGAAGAUCGAUAAGCCUCUGGAGCAGCGGUAGCCACAUAAUAUCGCCAGGUCCACCUUUCAUGUAUCGAAAGUAAUACGUAUCGUUGAGAAUAAACAAAACGCAGAUCGUUUAAGUGUAGCAAGAUUAUUUAUAUUAUUAAUAUUUGACGGAAAAUAAGCAAGGCGAGUUUUGUUUUCGAUAACUAUUAUAAAAGUAACUUGCAAGCAUUGUACUUGUUUCAUAUUCUUGCAAAUGUCAAUGUACCUUAGUAAUUGAUGUAUAGAACGUUCUUUAAAUAUAAUGAUACAGGCACAUAAAAUUUGAACAAAUCAAAUUAAUAGAGGUUCGACAACAAUUUUUAAAAAGGAUGAUCGAUGGAUCUUGUUUUAUGAAAAUUAUUCCGUUCUACGUAUUUCUAAUAGUGACAAUUGAUAAAUUAUUGCAUACUACAAUUACGACAUACAUUUUACUGUUCUAUAAAAUUGUCCUACCCAUGCAAUAUUAUUAAUAUCCGAGUAAUGAUCCAUUUGUACCCCAUUUUUUUCUCCUUCGAAAUUUGUAUCGUUGAAAGAAAUACUACCUUAAUUGAAAUUGCACUCGUACAGAAAUAUAUUACGCCGCAUUAUGGAACUAAGUAUUGAUUUUUGUAAGAAAUAGAAAAUCACCGAUGAAUCGUAACGGAUAAUAACUUAUAGAUGGAUGAACUUCCGAUGGAGGCAAAAAAUACAGUGCAAAGUUAGAUUGUAUUGUAAUUUAGUUAUACUAUGCCCAUUCAAACAAUCUUGUCUCGUUAGAAUAUUUUCGUUUCCCUUCAAAUUACAUUGUAUAAUGCAAAAUGAUAGCCAUGAUUUCAUAUAGACAAGACUGUUGUUGUUAUUACUUUGUUUAAAUAUAGCUAUAUCUAUUGACUGUUCGUGUAAAUAUGUAUGUAUACAUGUUUCAAUAUAAUUUGUUUCUGCAUUUUCA